ACAAGGUCAAUGGAAAACAAUAACUGGACUACUGCCCAAGAAUUUAUCUUCUCUGCAUUCCCGAGGAACUGGAAAGAUGCAGUUACCUGCUUUGUCCCACUGCUCUUCAUCUAUGCCUUCAUUCUUAUUGGGAAUGUGAUAAUCAUCAUGGUUGUCCAACUAAAUGCUCACCUCCACACUCCCAUGUAUUUCUUUAUCAGUACUCUCUCCUUUCUGGAGGUCUGGUUUACCACCACCUGUAUCCCACUAAUGCUGUCAAACCUGCUAAGUGAGAAGAAGGGCAUUUCCUUCAAUGGUUGUAUGGUACAGUUGUAUUUUUUCCAUUCUACAGGCAUUAGUGAGAUGUGCCUUUUGGGAGCCAUGGCUUUUGACCGCUAUUUGGCCAUUUGCAAACCCCUUCAUUAUCCAACAAUUAUGACUCCAAGACUAUGUGUCCAAUUAACCCUAGUUUGCUGUGCCUGUGGAUUCAUCACACCCCUGCCAGAGGUUGUGUGGAUCUCUACACUGCCAUUCUGUGGUUCUAAUUACCUGGAACAUGUCUUCUGUGACUUCCUCCCACUCUUGCGUCUGGCCUGCACAGAUACCCGGGCCAUUAUUAUGAUCCAGGUAGUUGAUGUGAUCCAUGCUAUGGAGAUAGUUGCAGACAUAUUUUUCAUCCUUCUCUCUUAUGCUGGCAUUGUGGUAGUAGUCUUGCGCAUCCGUUCAGCUGAAGGUCGCCGUAAAGCCUUUUCUACUUGUGCCUCCCAUUUGACAGUUGUUUCACUAUUCUUUAGUACAGUGGGACUCACAUACCUUCGUUUCUCUGACACUCACUCCUUAAUCUGGGAUGUAGGUAUUGCCUUGGCAUUCACAGUUUUGUGCCCAUUUUUCAACCCUAUUAUUUACAGUUUGAGGAAUAAAGAGAUUAAGGAAACUAUUAAAAAGUACAUGAGUCAGCCAGGAAUCUUUUUCCAUAAGACCAGAUGA